CCCGGGUAACAGAGAAGCGGCCGCGGCGGUAGAGGCGGCGGAGACGGUUUCUCCAUCUUCCCCCCUCCCCUUCCCCCCUCGGAGUUUCCCUCCCUCCCUCCCUCCCUCCCUCCCAGUCUGGGCACCGGGGUCUGUGGCCGCCUCGUUAGCGGAGAGAAGGCUGCCAGUUCGCUUUGGCGGGCCUGUGCCCCGCGCCGUUCUCGGGGCCUCCCUGCUGAGCCCGAGGCUCACGCCGAGAGGGACACGCAGUGACGAGCGGCCGAAGCAGCUUUGCGGUUUUGUAGUGCAUCCCUGAGCAUGAGCGCAGAAUGAAGCGACGUUUGGAUGACCAGGAAUCACCAGUGUAUGCAGCCCAGCAGCGUCGAAUCCCUGGCAGCACAGAGGCUUUUCCUCACCAGCACCGGGUGCUUGCCCCUGCUCCUCCUGUGUAUGAAGCGGUGUCUGAGACCAUGCAGUCAGCCACGGGAAUUCAGUACUCUGUAACACCCAGCUACCAGGUUUCAGCUGUUCCACAGAGCUCCAGCAGUCAUGGGCCCACCAUAGCAGCAGUGCAUAGCAGCCAUCAUCACCCAACAGCUGUGCAGCCCCAUGGAGGCCAGGUGGUCCAGAGCCAUGCUCAUCCAGCCCCACCAGUUGCACCAGUGCAGGGACAGCAGCAGUUUCAGAGGCUCAAGGUGGAGGAUGCGCUAUCCUAUCUUGACCAGGUGAAGCUGCAAUUUGGUAGCCAGCCUCAGGUCUACAAUGAUUUCCUUGACAUCAUGAAGGAGUUUAAGUCUCAGAGCAUUGAUACUCCAGGGGUGAUUAGUCGUGUGUCUCAGCUGUUCAAAGGCCACCCUGACCUGAUCAUGGGCUUCAACACCUUCUUGCCACCUGGCUACAAAAUUGAGGUGCAAACCAAUGACAUGGUGAACGUGACAACUCCUGGCCAGGUUCAUCAGAUCCCCACCCAUGGCAUCCAGCCCCAGCCUCAACCACCACCCCAACAUCCUUCCCAGCCUUCAGCUCAGUCAGCCCCAGCUCCUGUCCAGCCAACUCCUCAGCCCCCACCUGCCAAAGUCAGCAAGCCUUCUCAACUUCAAGCACAUACUCCAGCCAGUCAGCAGACUCCCCCACUCCCGCCAUAUGCAUCCCCACGUUCUCCACCAGUCCAGCCUCAUACACCAGUGACAAUCUCAUUGGGAACGGGCCCAUCCUUGCAGAACAAUCAGCCUGUGGAGUUUAAUCAUGCUAUCAACUAUGUUAAUAAGAUAAAGAACAGAUUCCAGGGCCAACCGGAUAUCUACAAAGCGUUCCUGGAGAUUUUGCACACAUACCAGAAGGAGCAGCGAAAUGCCAAGGAAGCUGGUGGAAACUAUACUCCAGCGUUGACUGAGCAGGAGGUGUAUGCCCAGGUGGCUCGUCUCUUUAAAAACCAGGAAGAUCUGCUGUCAGAGUUUGGACAGUUCCUACCAGAUGCCAACAGCUCUGUGCUUUUAAGCAAAACAACUGCUGAGAAGGUUGAUUCUGUGAGAAAUGACCAUGGAGGCACUGUGAAGAAGCCCCAACUGAACAAUAAGCCACAGAGGCCCAGCCAGAAUGGCUGCCAGAUCCGCAGGCACUCUGGAACGGGAACCACCCCUCCAGUGAAGAAAAAACCCAAACUGCUCAGCCUAAAGGACUCUUCUAUGGCAGAUGCCAGCAAGCAUGGUGUAGGAACUGAAUCAUUAUUUUUCGAUAAAGUCCGAAAGGCUCUACGGAGUGCAGAAGCCUAUGAAAAUUUCCUGCGCUGUCUUGUUAUUUUUAAUCAGGAGGUGAUUUCUCGGGCUGAGCUUGUGCAACUAGUCUCUCCUUUCCUGGGGAAAUUCCCUGAAUUGUUUAAUUGGUUUAAAAACUUUCUGGGCUAUAAGGAGUCUGUACAUCUGGAAACCUUUCCAAAGGAACGAGCCACAGAGGGCAUUGCCAUGGAGAUAGAUUAUGCGUCUUGUAAACGCUUGGGCUCCAGUUAUCGAGCCCUACCGAAGAGUUAUCAGCAGCCCAAGUGUACAGGACGGACUCCUCUCUGUAAAGAGGUUUUAAAUGAUACUUGGGUUUCCUUCCCUUCAUGGUCUGAGGAUUCCACCUUUGUUAGUUCCAAGAAGACUCAGUAUGAAGAACAUAUUUAUCGCUGUGAAGAUGAACGCUUUGAGCUUGAUGUAGUUUUAGAGACCAAUCUGGCAACAAUCCGGGUUCUGGAAGCAAUACAGAAGAAGCUUUCCCGCUUGUCUGCUGAGGAACAAGCCAAAUUUCGCUUGGACAACACCCUUGGGGGCACGUCGGAAGUCAUCCAUCGAAAGGCACUCCAGAGGAUAUAUGCUGAUAAAGCAGCUGACAUCAUUGAUGGUCUGAGGAAGAACCCCUCCAUUGCUGUUCCAAUUGUCCUUAAAAGGUACCUGAGCAAAUGUCCCCUUCCUGCUAGUAUAUUUCACAGUAGAUUCAGUGUCCCAUUAAAUUAA